AUGUUACGACGCUCGCUCGCCGUCAUGCUCCUCGCCAGCCUCGCGGCCUUCGCUGUCGCGCUACCAGAGUCACAGCUGGCUCUCGGGAACGUCCAGACCGCGCCAGACAGCUGGGAAUACUCGGACUGCGGAGAGGAGUCGGAUGCGGUCCAGAUACGGUCUAUCACCGUGUCCCCCGACCCGCCGAAGAUCGGGGCCGACCUGACGGUCACCAUCGUGGCGGACGUGAAGGAGACGAUUGAGGAGGGCGCAACGGCGGAUGUCCUCGUCAAGGUCGGCCGGAUCAAGCUGUUGGAGCAGACAUUCGACCUCUGCGAGGAAGCCCGCAAGGCGAAUGCCUCCAUCUCCUGUCCCGUCACGCCCGGCCUCCACACCAUCGAGCAGACAGUCACGUUGCCGAAGGAGGUGCCCAAACGUGCGCCGCUGUUUCCGACUUGUCUUCGCGAAACUGACCUGCUUGCUUUCGCAGUGAAAUACGUCAUCAGCGUGCGGGGCUUCACUGUGGAGGAGGACAGCAUGGCGUGUGUGGACCUGACGGUGCAGUUCCGGCCUUUCUUCCAGUUUUGGGAGUAA